CAAUGAUAAUUUACGCUCUAAGAAGAUCGUGAAGAUCGUAGUCGGCUUUUGCUUUGGAACAUCGGCACUAAGCAUUCCACUGCACAUCAAAUCUCGAAUCGUGAAGAUCAACCCAUCAAUCUAGAGUAUCUUUUGAUCCUACUAUAUCCACAGCUUUGGUUUUCUAAUCCAAAGCUCUCACAGUUUUCGCUUCCAUGGCUUCCUUAGCUUUUCUACCAAUACCCGCUUGGCAACGUUCUCAUAUCUCCUCAAGGAUCCCUGAUCAUUUGCAUACUUCGUGUCUAAUAUCGCCGAAUCUUUCAUUUUUUAGACUUGGGUUUCAACGUUUGCAGCGUGGGUCGAUUACGGAACCAAUGAUUGUUAGAAGUUCUCAUCAAGAAAAUUCUGUUGUUUCUACUAUUCAAGCAUUUGAUGUUCCAAUUUUGACUUGUUCAGAGGCUAUUGAAAGACUAAGAGAAAACAGAGAAAAGCACAAAGGGAAGCAGAAAUACCUUGCAAUGUACUCUAGCGUUUUUGGUGGAAUAACAACAGAUCCAUCAGCUAUGGUCCUACCCAUGGAUGACCACAUGGUGCAUAGGGGGCAUGGUGUCUUUGAUACUGCUGCAAUAGUGGAUGGAUAUCUAUAUGAAUUGGACCAACACCUUGACCGUAUUCUAAGGUCAGCAUCCAUGGCCAAGAUCAGUCUUCCUUUUGAUCGGGAAAGUAUAAGAAGAAUUCUCAUAGAAACAGUGAGUGCUUCCAAGUGUCAGAAGGGAUCACUAAGAUACUGGCUCUCAGCAGGACCUGGUGAUUUUCAAAUAUCUUCAUCUGGCUGUCAUCAGUCAGCCCUUUAUGCCAUUGUUAUCCAAGAUCAGUCACCACGUGUUUCGAAAGGCAUUAAGGUGGUAACUUCUUCAAUCCCUAUAAAACACCCUAAGUUUGCCACCGUGAAGAGUGUAAAUUACCUUCCGAAUGUGCUUUCAAAGAUGGAAGCUGAAGAGAAUGGUGCAUUUGCAGCCAUUUGGCUUGAUAAUGAUGGAUUAAUUGCUGAAGGUCCUAACAUGAAUGUCGCUUUUGUUACCAAAGAGAAAGAGCUUCUGAUGCCGCGCUUCGACAAAAUUCUAAGUGGGUGCACUGCUAAGAGAAUUUUGAAUCUGGCUGAGGGGCUGGUCAAGGAGGGUAAACUUCAUGGAGUAAAGGUGGCUAAUCUGACUGUAGAGCAAGGAAAGAAUGCAGAUGAAAUGAUGCUCAUCGGCAGUGGAGUUCUUGUUCGCCCUGUGGUGCAGUGGGAUGAGCAGAUCAUUGGCAAUGGCAAAGAAGGUGCCAUAACUCUGGCUCUCUUGGAUCUUCUAUUGGAGGAUAUGAAGUCUGGCCCUUCAACAGUUCGAACACCAGUUUCCUAAGAAAAUUUCUGGAUAUUGCCGAGUGGGACUGUACUCUUCAAACGUGGAAAGCUAUAGUUCAACUACUUGUUCACCUUUGGAGGCUGCAGACCUGCUGAAAGCCAAAAGUUCCCCUAUUCAAUUCUCUUUGUAAGAAAUUUUCUGUGACAAAAUAAAAGUCUAAAUAGCUUGAUGAUUUCUUCUGUUGUGAUUGAUGAGAAAAUCAUGGAGAGAAGGAAUUUCAGAUGUGUCAAAUAGGAUUUUAGAGAAGCCUAUGAUUUUCAUUGUAUCAAAUGACGCUACUCAUUUACAAUUAGUCUUCAUAUAUUCACUUUGAGGUCUACUUGCUUCA